AUGGAGUCCGGCUUCUUUGAGAACGAGCUCAGGGGCUAUCGACUGUUGAAGACUUCAAAGCUGAGCGCUAGCGAGAAGCAGCACGUCCUGACGCUGACCAAGAACUUGACCCACUUCAUGCUACUGUUUGCCGAGACCGACAUCGCCGACGAGAUGAAGCAGCAGAAGCGAGCAGUGUGGUGCACCGAAGCUCCAGAAGACUGGGAUGGCUAUGGUGAGGAAUGGGAUGCCGAGCCUUUGAAGAGCGUGAAGAGGCGUACUAUAGAAGAGCGCCGACAUGCCUUGGCGACCGAGGCUAAUAAGACCCUCAGCGAGGCCAAGAAAGCAGUCGCUCGGGUUCGACAAGCUGGUGGCUACUAUGACAGCACUGGCAUGAAGGUGGUGGACGUGGCAAAUUCUUCAUCGCCUACAUCGUCUACUGGCUCCCCAUCCUCCAAAGGAAAGGGCAAGCGACCUUUCAAGGGCAAGACCUACUUUGUGGAGUAUGAGUACGUUCCUGAGAAUGUCCAGGACAUCAACAUGCUCUCCCUCCUGGAGAAUGAGGACAUGGCCACUGUGGCAGCUUCAUGGGUGGUGUUGGACACAGGCGCAACUGAGUCUGUGGCCGGAGUUGCAGCCAUGACGUGGAAGCAUCAGUUCUACGAUGCCGACCAGAUGAACGAAGAGAUCUUCAACGGCAAGUUGAUGGAAUUUCGUGGAAACGCUGAUGGCAUCGACGUGCAACAAGGGCUAUACACCAAGGAGAUGGAGCCCGACCAUGCUGAAAGCGUCAAUGCCACCAACAAGGGCAUCACCAUCGACCCCGGGCACAGCAACCGGGACAAGGACACUGCUGGUGAAGAAGGAGAAGGUUUUCGAGGAGCUGAGCGUCCAGGGGAUCUCCGGGCAUCUCCGGGCAGUCCGAUCUUUGUGGGCGUCGAGGAGGAGGAGUUCGGCUGCGCCUGGCGACCAAUUCCAACCUUCAACUUUGAGCGCAACAUCCAAUUUUGGGGAACUUCAUCGUCUUCACCAACCACGUUGACGACGAGCACUACGACUCAACCGAGCUCUUUUGCAACUUCGGAUGAUACAGCUGAUGUAAAAACUGGGCGACCUUCCUUGGCACGACGGCUGGCAACUGCAGCAGCUGUGACUGCAUCUUUGAUGCCAGUUCGCGAGAUUGGGGCUGUGACACCUCAGAUCGAUGUGAUGGAAGUGGCAUGCUCUCCCAACUCGACUCUGACCAAGACCUUUGAGUCGCAAGGCUAUGUUGGGAAGAGGAUCAGCUCUGGCUACAGCUUCGGCUCCAAGAAGAGCAUCGACAAGCUGGCUCUUGAGAUCCCCGAAGUGAUGUUCCACAAGUACAACGGCCACUGCUUUUGGAUCAACAUCGACCAACCAGAGAAGAAGGCGGUGGCCAAAGCAAUGGCCUACACCUGGAAACGUCAAGAAGCUCCUGGUAGUGAACAACCUCAACAUGCUUUGGCCCUGAGCAGGCGACGAUUGGACUUGCAGCAAACCCCAAUUGGCAAGCGCUUGGAGGCUGUCAAGCAGAUGAUGCUUCGUGUCCAUCGUGCCAGUGGCCAUCCAAGCAUGACCAACCUGGCUUCUGGUCUCACAGCGAUUGACCAUCUGCAGACCUACGUUGGCAAUUGGGAGCCUACUUCGGUAGACACCAUCAAGUCCUUCAACAAAUUGGCCGGUCAUGACAUGCCCGCACACUGGAUCAUGGGCUAUGAAAAGGGCGUGCCAAGCGCAUUGAACGUCUUAAUUCAAUGCGAGGGCAACAAGCUGGCGAUUGACGAGCUCUACAUGUUGGCUGCUGGAGCUAUGAACUCUCAUGUGGUCCCAAGCGGUUUCAGCCCUUACCAGUGGGUCUUUGGCGCUGGUGGAGCCGUUCUUGAUGAUGAACGACUUCUACCUGGCAUUGAACCAGCCAAGGGCAUCUAUGGUCGAGUGGGCUAUGGUGGAUUCAUUGUCAUGGCCAUCAAAGCUCGCCAAGUUUUGUGGCAACAAAUUGCGCAGAGCCUAUGGGAACCAGCAGAGACCCACAUCGCACAGCUCGAACUUUCGAUGGUGCUGUACGCGUUGAUCGAACGGCCUGACCUUUUUCGCAAUCGGCAAAGCCUUUGGUUUCUGGACAAUGUGGCUGCGGUGAUGACCUUAGUGAGAGGGCGCUCUAGCAGUCCUGACCUUGCGAAGCUCUGUCACCUAAUCCAUCUGGCCCUGUUUGCCUUGCGUGCCCAGGGUUACUGGGAAUACGUCCAGAGCAAGAGCAAUUCAGCAGAUGAUACCAGUCGUACCGCACAAGGCGGUGGCGGAAGUUUCAAAAAUAGGAUCAACGGAUCAUCUUUUCGGACAUCCUUCAGUCUUGCACUCUUCAUGGCCUUCCACAACCUCGAUGCCGACUACAACCAGCUCAUCGUCACCACCAACUUUUUCGAGAUCCUCCCGAACCGUCGCCGACGGAACCUACUCCCCCAACAACCCUCGACGCUGCCACCACCUCCACACCAAUGGCACCGAACCCAACACCUCACCAUCACAUUCGUGGACCCGAUGACCGCAAUGCAUAUCGUGGCACAACCGAAUCUGAUCGCCGAGGGCAUCAUCGAGACACUCACUCUUCUUGGAAUCGAACUUCCUCGGAUUACCAUGGUCGCUACACCUCUCAUCGAGAAGCACGCUCUCGUGACCAUCGCCGCCGUGAAGGAUCUUCGGGAUACUACGCCUCCAAACGGAAUGCUGACCGCUCCCGCUGGUGAUCCCUACGUCAAGGAAAAGCACAUUUGA